AUGAAGAGGAAUCCUGAAUUUCGUGGGGAACCCAGCAGCCCAAAGCGCUGGAACUACAUCCUCGGGGACGUCGAGGUGAUGUUGAAAUGCCUGAGCUACAUCUACAAUGAAGAGCAGCAGCCGGAUGCCGCGCGCGUGUACACGGCCGCCCUCAAGACCCCGUACACCUCCCCCUUCGCCGCUUUCGAGAAGGCCGCGAUGGCGUCCCCCCGCGCGCGGCAGCUGGACGCCCGCCACCUCGGCAGGGGCGGCCUCUACCACUACCUGGAGCGCAGGCUGGAGUUGGAAGGUUUUGACUUCGAACGGUCCUCGGAUGACCUCAGGCGGGACUUUGGCGACGCGAAGGCGGCGCGCAAGGUGCGGGAGAUCAAGAUGCUCAUGGCGGCCGGCUGCGCGGGGGACGAUGCUGGCCCGGCUGAAACAGAGGCCGUGGCCGGCCAGCUGGGAGAGAAUGAAGUCAAGGAUGGGGUCAAGGGCGAGGUCAAGAAACAGAGGAGAUCCAAGUUUACGGAUCCGUUCCCGAUGAGGCUCGAUCCCAUAUACGAGGUCGAGGAGGAGGACGAGGAUAAGGUCAAGGACAGGGUCAAAGACAAGGUCAAGAUCAAGAAGAAAUCCAAAUUUCAGGAGGCGCUCGCGAUCAGGCUCGUGAUCAAGGACGAGGUCAAGGACGAGGUCAAGGACGAGCCCGUGAACUAG